AUGGGUAUAGGACAAGAACACUUUAUAGUUUACAAUUUAUGGAGAUCAACCACUACCGUAAAAAACAUUAACCACAACCCCUCAUCGACUGCUCCAACCACCAUAGUAACAACCGUUAACCGUAAUCCUUCGCCGACUGCUGCAACCACUACAGAAACAACCAUUAACCACAACCCCUCAUCGACUGCCCCAACCACCACAAAACCACAAUCCUUCGUUAACUGCUUCAACCACCACAGAAACCACAAUCCUUCAUUGACUGCUUCAACCACCACAGAAACAACCAUUAGCCGCAACCUCUCCUCGACUGCAAGAACCACCACAAAACAACCAUUAGCCGCAACCUCUCCUCGACUGCAAGAACCACCACAGUAUCAACCGUUGACCACAACCUUCAAUCCUUCGUUAACUGCUUCAACACCAAAGAAACCACAAUCCUUCGUUAACUGCUUCAACCACCAACAGAACCACACUCCUUCAUUGACUGCUUCAACCACAGAAACAACCAUUAGCCGCAACCUCUCCUCGACUGCAAGAACCACCACAGUAUCAACCGUUGACCACAAUCCUUCGUUAACUGCUUCAACCACCACAGAAACCACACUCCUUCAUUGA